AUGGCACGACCCUGCAGUGACAUGACAAGGAUGGCCCAGAGCAGCAGCAGCGCGAGCGGCUUCGGUCAGUCGGCCUCCGCGGGCGGCAGCAGUGGCAUCAGCUGGAACAGCGUGGGCGGCCCCAGCACCAGCCUUGGCUACAAGGACCACUAUCCCUGA